AUGAAAGGGGACGACGAGUGGAAACGGAUCCGCUCUAUAGUCAGCCCUACCUUCACGACCGGGAAGUUGAAGGCAAUGAUGGCUCAUAUAUCGGAUAUCGCCGAUCAGUUUGUCACCAAUUUGGGAGUAUAUGCUGAAAAUGGUGAAGUGGUAGAUAUGCGCAAAUACAUGGGUGCCUUUGCCAUGGAUGUGAUCAGCGCCUGUGCCUAUGGUAUAAACGUGGAGUCGAUUAGUGAUCCCAAUCAUCCCAUUGUAGUGAACGCUAAGAAGAUAUUGUCGGUUGACUCGAGUGUUGGUUAUGUUAUCUCUGUUUUGUUUCCACCGAUCGCUCGAUUCCUACGCUUAGAGCCGUUCGACAGAAAUGCUCUCAAAUUCUUUGACUCUUUAACGGAAAGGAUAGUCAAUGAACGCAAAGAAUCGGCAAAAGUGGCCACAAUUGAGGGCAAUAAGAAAUCAGAUUUUCUGCAACUUAUGAUUGAUAACGAAAAGUGUGACAAAGAUUUCGAUUCCGACUAUAAUAGCGAUGAAGACAUAAAUGUAAACCAAUUGCAAGAAUCGACGGAAACUGUUAUUAAAUCCUCGCAAACGCUAACCAGCGAUGAGUUGACGGCUCAGGGAAUACUGUUUUUCAUC